CGCACACUCGCACCGAUGCGCGGCUCCUGGGACGAGUCCACGACGGCGGCGCUGCACGCGCGCAUCCUGGAGGCGCACCGCGGCGCCGCGCCCGACCGCGCCGCCGAGCCCGCGUGCGAGCCGGCGCCGCUGUCGCUGGGCGCGCUGGAGCUGGCCGCGCCCACGCCGCUGCUGCCGCUGCCCACGCUGUCGUUCAGCGCCGCGCAGGUGGCCACCGUGUGCGAGACGCUGGAGGAGAGCGGCGACGUGGAGCGCCUGGCGCGCUUCCUGUGGUCGCUGCCCGUGGCGCACCCCAACGUGGCCGAGCUAGAGCGCUGCGAGGCCGUGCUGCGCGCGCGCGCCGUGGUGGCCUUCCACGCCGGCCGCCACCGCGAGCUGUACGCCAUCCUGGAGCGGCACCGCUUCCAACGCGCCAGCCACGCCAAGCUGCAGGCGCUAUGGCUCGAGGCGCACUACCAGGAGGCGGAGCGCCUCCGCGGCCGCCCGCUCGGGCCCGUCGACAAGUACCGCGUGCGCAAGAAGUUCCCGCUGCCGAGGACGAUCUGGGACGGCGAGCAAAAGACACACUGUUUUAAAGAACGAACGCGAUCUCUCCUCCGAGAAUGGUACCUCCAAGAUCCUUAUCCGAAUCCGACGAAAAAGAGGGAACUAGCGGCUGCAACGGGGCUGACGCCGACGCAAGUCGGGAACUGGUUCAAAAACCGACGGCAAAGAGAUCGAGCAGCCGCCGCUAAGAACCGCUCCGCCGUGUUGGGCCGAGGGUUCGCGUCCUCGUCGACGUACGACGAAGACUCGGCCGACUCGGAGAUCAACGUCGACGAAGAGUAG